AUGGAACCGGAAACGAUAAAGGCGCAAGCCUUAGAAGCAAGCGCUGCUGCGCCAAAUCUCGAGGCUCCGAAGCGCGAUGCCGCAAAUGACGAAUCUGGCACGACGGGCACGGAAGAGCCUCCCUCUAAGAAGGCGCGAUUGGAUGAGUCCUCCAAGCCUACCGAGCAAGACAAGCGCGACAUGCGCGAUAGAGCAAUUGCGCCCAUCAAGGCAGAGUAUCGCAUCGAAGUUGUGCCGAAGCCUCGCCCCGCAGAUGAGAUUAGCCCCGACGAUGCCGCCGAGGCUGCCCCUCGAGAUGGGCGUGAUGGACGUGAUGGUGGCGAUAAUAAGAAGGAUAAAGGAAAGAAGAAGAAGAACAAGGGUCAGAACACCAACCGCAGCUAUGGCAAAUCUCAAGAUGCGAAGGGUCUUUGCAGCACAAGAAUGUUUGCCAACGAGUUCGCCGCUCCGGAGUGCCAAUAUGGGGACUCUUGUCGAUUUGAGCACGAUCUUCGUGUCUAUCUGAAAGAGCAUAAGCGCGAAGACCUCACUACCUUGAAGGUUUGCCCCGCCUACGAAGCGCUAGGCAAGUGUUACUCCGGCUGGAAAUGUCGCUUGGUCGGUUCACACUCGACCGAGAGAGAGACUGAAGACGGCAGAAAAGAGUUGAUCUUGCUGGAGGACGCAGAACGCAUGGAGAAAGCUCGGCCUCGUGUGCCUCACGCGACACCAGACGGAAUCGUCAACGUCAUUUCUGUCGAAGACAAAAUCAGUCUUACAAGGAAAAGAGAGGACACCCCGCGGGCCGACGCUUACACCACGUGGUCCGUCAAAGUCUCCGCUGAAUUGGAGGCAGCGAUACACCAGCGGUCAACCGUCCGUGAUAAUGGCGAGCUUGUCCAAACAGACGAGCAAGCAAAGAUUGACAGAGAGGAAAACCGCGCUCGAUUCCUUGAACCUCCUUUCAUGCCAUCGGAGAAGAGACGCAUCUACUUCGGACCAGAGACACCCGUUCUAGCACCUCUCACAACUCAAGGCAAUAUGCCAUUCCGACGGCUUUGUGAAGAUCUGGGUGCCCAAUUCAGUUACUCAGAGAUGGCCAUGAGCAUGCCUUUGAUUCAAGGAUCAAAGUCUGAAUGGACCCUGUUGAAGGCACAUGAGUCGGAAAUGGCUCCGCCAACCGUUAUCCCGGGAGACAACGUUGUCCAGGGCUAUGAUAAUUCCAAAGACUCCAAGUUCGGUGCACAGAUCGCCGCCAACAAGCCCUGGCAGGCGCUCAAGGCCACCGAGGUGCUGUCCAAGUUUACCCCUAAUUUGCGCGUUAUCGACCUGAACUGCGGCUGCCCCAUUGAACUCGUGUUCCGCGAUGGAGCUGGCUCAGCCCUCCUUGACCAUCACUCCAAAUUGGAGAAGAUGAUUCGUGGCAUGAAUGCCGUCUCACUGGAGAUUCCGAUUACUGUCAAGAUCCGCAUGGGUACCAAGGACAAUCAGCCUACCGCACAGAAGCUGGUGGAGCGUAUGGUUCUCGGUGGAUACGAGUCCAGUGUUCUGGACCUCGGACCUCCGGGUGCUGCAGCCAUCACUCUGCACGGACGGAGCAGACAGCAGCGCUACACCCGACAGGCAGACUGGGGAUAUAUCUCAGACUGUGCAGCCCUCAUCAAGCGCCUGAAUAAGAAGCAGGAUGCACUUACUGACACCAUCCGUGAACCAGAUGCCCGCCACAUGCCUAAUGGGGGCAAGACCUAUUUCCUCGGAAACGGCGACUGCUAUUCACACGUUGACUAUGACGACCACGUCAACAACGCCGGUGUGGAUUCUGUCAUGGUGGCGCGUGGAGCUUUGAUCAAGCCAUGGCUCUUCGAGGAGAUUCAAACCGGCCAGUAUCUGGACAAAUCUGCAACCGAGCGUUUGGCCUAUAUCGAGAAAUUCGUCAAGUACGGUCUUCAGGCCUGGGGAUCUGAUGAGCAUGGUGUCGGAACCACCCGUCGCUUCUUGCUAGAGUGGUUGAGCUUUACUUAUCGCUAUGUUCCGAUCGGUUUGCUGGAAUAUCUUCCUCCGAACAUUCAGGACAGACCUCCUGCUUGGCGUGGCCGAAACGAGUUGGAGACACUCAUGGGUAGCGCUAACUACAAGGACUGGAUCAAGAUCAGUGAAAUGUUCUUGGGCCCUGCACCCGACACCUUCAAAUUCGAGCCCAAGCACAAGUCGAACGCUUACGAGGCCGAGGGCUAA